AGGACCCCGACGCCGCCCCGACCGCCUCGGACGCGGCCGCGGAUGGCGAGGCCUGGGGGCCCGACGUGAUGGUGGUGAAGCAGGGUCAGGUCCACAUCGCGCUGCAGCACCGCACGCCGCCGCUGGACGACGGGGCGCUUCUGCAGUUCUGUGACUGGCUGGACGGGCGGAUUCCGGGCCUGGUCAGGGACUUCCCCUACGUCAGGAGGAGCGGCGCCUACGUGGACCUGUCGGACAACGCCAUCGGGCCCGAAGGCUUGGGCAAGCUCUUCACGGUGUUGCGAGAGCACCGUGUUCCCUUGGUGGUGCUGAAGGCGUAUCGCAACCUGCUGGACGACUCCAUCCCGUGCCCCCCCCCCGAGUACCUCUACACGCAGCCCGAGUCCUUCCCGAUGCACGGCAUCCACGUCUCGCACAACAACAUCACCGACAAGGGCGCCUUCCGCCUGAUCCGGGCCGCGGCGCAGUGCGGCCACUACCCGCGGUACACCUCGCGCUUGCCGCUGUGGCUGCGGCUGGAGUUCAACGCGAUCGACAACGCGGGGAGGCUGCUUUCGGAGUGCAACAACGAGAAGUUCAACGUGUGCCUCAUGGGGGAUGGCAUGUGCAGCCGCCCGAACUGCAACCACUACUCCAACGUGCACGUGCAGCUGCCGUACUUCUUCAACCAGGCCGAGAAGGGCAAGCAGAGGUCGCCGGACGCCCCAGCGGCGGCGCCCAAGAUGCAGCCCCCGCCCUCGCAGGAGGCGGACGGGGCCGGCGCCGACGGCGCGACAGGCCAGCCCGCGCCGAAACCGACGCAGGCCCCCGAUGUGGAGGUGGCCGACUGGGCCAUGCAGGCUGCCGCUGGGGGCGACAUUACGGAGGCCGCCCUCAAGGACCUCAAGGCCAGGGAGACCAUCGCGGGCGUUCCGGCGCCCAAGAGGUUGUUGGUGCCCAAGUCUGGGCGUGUGCCGCGCCCGGCCCCAGCGGCCCCGCCGGCGCCGCCGCUGGACUCGCUCUGGCCGGAGAGCGACGAUCCGAUGCCGGUGGAGCCGCCGGCCACGGCCGCGCCGCCGCCGAUGCAGCCGCCACCGGGGAGCAUGCUGGUGGUGGGCGACGGGAGCACCGACUCCACGACGCUUGGGACCCGGGGCAAGGCAAGAGGUGCUCCGCCGGCAGAGGCCGUGGUGGACCUCAGCGACGCAGGCGCCGAGGAACUCGCGGCGGGCAUCGGGGCAGAGGGCCGCAACGUCUUCAAUGUGUUCGGCCGCGGCGGUGGCAGGGGCGGCGGCGGCGGACGAGGCGCGGGCCGAGGCUGCGGCGGAGGCGGCGGCUGGCAGGGCUUUGGCCGCAGCGGGGGCGGCGGCAGCGGCGGGUUCCAGAACCCGUACCAAGCAGGCUUCGUGCCGACCACGAACAAGGGUGGCGGCGGCUUCGGCGGCGGAGGCUUCGGUGGCAAGGGCAAGGGCUACGGUGGCGGAGGGGGCGGACACAAGCCACUGUGGCAAGGGAUGACCCUCGACAGAAAGGCCAAGGUGGACCUCAAGCUGGAGGUUGGCGAGGACCUCGGCUUCAUGUGGAGGACCACUGGCGAGGGGCACGCGCCCCAGGUGAUCUCGGCGGCGCCGGGCAGCACGGUGGGCGCCGCGGUGCAGGUGGGCUGGUGCCUGCUCCGCAUGAACGGCCUGGACGCGAAGAUGUUCAACGAGAAGCAGAUCGGGGACAUGCUGAAGCAGCGCCCGCUCACGCUGCGCUUCGGCGACGAGUGACCCGCGUGGCCCGCGCGCUGCUGCCCGCCGCGGCAGGCCCUCGCCGCCCGCCAGGGGGCCUCAGCCGCCGCGCGCCGCCGCUUGCAGAGGCCGCCCCGCGCCGCCCGCGCCCGCCGCGGGGCCGGGCCAGCUCGCGGUCUCGGAGGAAGUCCGGCCCGCGCCCGCGGCUGUGCUGGCGAUCCAGUGCCGCG